AUGGGUCUCACCCAGGAACAAACUGACAUCAUCAAGGCCACUGUGCCUGUGAUUAAGGAGCAUGGCAACGCCGUCACCAGCGUCUUCUACAAGAACAUGCUCGCCGCACACCCCGAGCUGAAUGCCAUCUUCAACUCCUCCAACCAAGUCAACGGCCACCAACCCCGCGCCCUCGCCGGCGCUGUCUUCGCCUACGCCGCCAACAUUGACAACCUUGGUGCUCUCGGCCCCGCUGUCGAACUCAUCUGCAACAAGCAUGCCUCCCUCUAUAUCCAGCCCGAGCACUAUAACAUCGUCGGAAAGUUCUUGCUCGAAGCCAUGGGCGAGGUCCUUGGGGACGCCUUCACCCCCGCCAUCAAGGACGCGUGGGCGGCCGCUUACUUCCAACUCGCUGACAUCAUGAUCAACCGCGAAGCUGCCCUGUACAACGAGGCCGACGGAUGGACCGAGUUCCGCGAUUUCCGCAUUGCCAAGAAGGUUCCUGAAUCCUCUGAGAUCACCUCCUUCUACCUCGAACCUGUCGAUGGCAAGCCCCUGCCCUCUUUCCGUCCCGGACAAUACAUCUCCAUCCAGCUCUUCGUCCCCCAACUCAACCACCCUCAAGCCAGACAAUACUCUCUCAGUGACAAGCCUCGCUCCGACUACUACCGGAUCUCCGUGAAGAAGGAGGCUGGUCUCGAUGCCACCGAACCGGGUGCGGAGGCCCACCCUGGCCUCGUGUCGAACAUCCUGCACGAUCUCAAGAAGGAAGGCGACAUCAUUAAGGUGUCACACCCCCAGGGUGACUUCUUCCUGUCCGAUGCGGAGAAGCAGAGCUCCAGCCCCAUCGUUCUCUUGGCAGCCGGUGUGGGUCUGACCCCGCUCACCUCGAUUCUGAACACCGUCCUCGAGACCGAAUCUGAGACCCAGCGCAAAAUCUCCUUCGUUCAUGGCGCCCGCACCUCGGCCGCCCGUGCCUUCAAGCCCCAGAUCCGCGAGCUCGCCACCAAGGUGCCUAACCUGCAGGCCUUCUUCUUCACCAGCCACCCGGCUGCCGAGGACAAGCAGGGUGAAGACUACGACUUUGCCGGUCGGCUGGACCUCAGCAAGCUGGACGCUAAGAGGGACUUGUUCCUGGACGAUGCCACAACGCAGUACUACGUGUGCGGUCCCGAGUCGUUCAUGCUGGACGUGAAGAACAAGCUGGCUGCCGAGGGAGUGAGCGCGGACCGCAUCAAGAUGGAGCUGUUUGGCACUGGUGGUGUGCCCGCUUGA